CCAGAGUCCAAAGUGACAUUUUCAAAUGUUUGUUUUUUCCAACCAACUUUGGGUCCAAAACCCAAAGAUAUUCAGUUUACUGUCACAGAUACGGGAAAAUUGGCGAAUAAACAAAUGGGGUCAGUCUGCAGUGAUGUCUUUGAUGUGGACAGACUGGAUGUCAGUCAAACCGUCCUUUCUGUGGUUUAAGCAAAGGAACAGUUCAUUAAUGUUUUUGUUGUUUCUGUACAGGGCGAAAAGCCAUUUUAUCCUUUUAGUUAAACUCUUAUUAAACGUUGGUAAAUUCAGUAUCAAAAGAAUAUUUCUCAAAAUGGAAAAGCUCAGAGAAUCUGUGUUUGCUCGGAGUGAAGAGCGGUGGGCUGAUGAAACAUGGACCGAACCAAAACUGCCAACAUUUAGCAGGAUAGUGUGAACGCGGUGCUGAGAAUAAUGUUGUAUAUAAUUGAUCUGAAAUCAAAGAUGUCCAUGUGCACAGCCGAGAUCUGGUAUUUUACCAGGUGGUGUUGAAACAGGACGUUUUCUGGAAGAAUCUAUUUCAGGAUGUAAGAAAAACGAAUUUUUGUGUUCCACAUAAAUAUGUGAUCUGAAGGAAUAUUUGAGUCCUUAUAGUGAUGUAAAUUUAUUUUUGCUCUUUUGUUUUUGUUUUUGUGAUGAUUCCCAUCUCAGCCUUGUGUCUGCUGGCCGCUGUUUCCGCCAGGUGUCCCUGGACUUCAUCCUGCUCCCGGAUCCACCAGCUCACCUGUUCCCCAUCUCCAGUCCCUUGAACUUACCCGCCUACCUGCGCCCCUGUUCCUCAUUUCCCUCCCUUGCUCCUCGGUAGUCAUACCAGCCCCUUGCCCCCGGCCAGUUUCCGGAUUAUUCCGCACAUCUCUACAUUUGUGCUGCUUAUUCUGUGGACUCUCCUUCCUGUUACCUGUCCUCCCACCAGGCUUUUACUACCUGUUGUGUGUUUCCUGCCCACCUGUCAGCCUUUCUACCUGUAAUCCUGGUCUUCUUCACUUGUUCUUCUAAAGCUACUUCACCGCACCAUCCUGCCUGUGCUCCUGCUGUGUCUCGUAAUCCCACGUGGGAUGGGCCAGAUGUUUGGCAGGGUUAAAGCUAAACUAAAACUGGACAGUGGUUCGACGUCCUAGAAAUGCCAACUUUCCCACAGGCCGAGAACGCAGCAUCAUCGUCCAGCGGGGUUUACAUGCGGUUACCAGGCAACGGCUGCGGAGAGUUUGGGCUGCCAGGUCGUCUAGUCCGCUUUGCUCCCGAUUCACCAGGUCUUCAGGCAGUUCACGUCCCGGAUGGCCGGCGUCCUGAUAGACCCGACCCGGGCUCCGGUGGCCUUCGGGCAGCGGGGCGUGCCGCGGCUGUUCGCCGAGCUCCAGCAGCCGGACACCGGCGGGAGGCAGCGGGCUCUGGCUUCACUCUGCGACCUGAUGCACGACCCGGAGCGGGUCCACCAGACCGUUAAAGGAGGUUUCCUGGCGCAGUUGGAGGUUUUGUUGAGGGACGAGGAUCCAUCGGUCAGGACGGAAACCUGCGAGCUGCUUCACCUGCUGAGCGCCCACGACCUCGGCAGGCGGGCCGUGCUCUCCUCCUCCCUCCUCCCUCCUGUCUCCCGGCUGCUGGACGACUCCUCGUCCUCCUGCAGGAGGAGCGUCCACCGGGUGCUGCACCGCCUGGCCCUGCGGCCCGCAGGUGCAGACGCUCUCCUGACUCUGGUUCCUAAACUGAUGAUGAAGCUCAGGAAGGAGGAGGAGGAGGAGGAGGAGGAGGAGGUGCAGGUGCUGCUCCUCUCCACCCUCAGCUGCUGCUCCAGGCUGGACGCUCUUCCAGCUCUGGCCUCUGACGGCGUCUCACUGCUGGGCCGCAAACUCGCCCACCGCUCCACGAACAUCCGCAGGGAGGCGGCGGCAGCCAUGAUGGCGCUCAGUGUCACUGAGGUCGGGAAGCGGCAGGUGUGCGAGGAGGCGGUACUUCCUGUCCUGGUCGGUCUGCUGCAGGAUGAAGACAUCGAGGUUCAGGCCAACGCUGCAGGAGCCAUCAUGUACACUGUGAUCAUCGCCACAGGUAAGCAGAAGUGUCUGGAUCUGGACGUCGUCCCUGUCCUCCUCGACCUGGUGUCCAAGAAGAAGGAGGAGGAGGAGGAGGAGGAUAUGGAGAAGCGGAGGAGGAGGAAGGCCCUCGUCAUGUACUCCCUGCGCGCUCUGACAGCCCUGGCUGAAGCUCCAGACGGCCGCCGCCUCCUGCUGGAGCAGCUCCCCCUGCUGGUGAGGAGGAGCGAGGCCGCAGAGGAGGACCGGGACAUCCGGAGGGCCGCUAAGACCGCCAUCAAGGUAGUCACCUGGACACCCUGAGACCCGGAUGACCUCUGACCUCCAGAAUAGACCUGCUGGGUUAGCCUCAGCUGAUCAGAUAAUAAAUAAAAUAAUGAACUCUCUGGGUGAUUAUUAAUUCAUCGUAUAUUAUUUAUAGUUAUUAAUCAUUUGUAUCUAACAUGCACAAUAAAAUAAAAUAAUUUUUAUGUAGAGAAAAC